AAAUGGAUCAGUGACAUGAAAGUGGCCUUGACUCUGUCAUGUCAGCUAUGGUUACCGGGGACGGGCUGCCGGGCCAACCUCUACUUCCUUCCUACAGGCGAGGCAGUGUACUUCAUCGCCUGCGUCAUUGUGCUUUACCACAUCAACAACCGUACACAACGGCACUAUCGCAAACACACAGACUGUGUCCGCUGUCUUACCCUCCAUCCUGACAAAGUGCGAGUGGCAUCAGGCCAGACAGCAGGGGUGGAUAAAGACGGCAAGCCCCUGCAGCCUUGUGUUCAUAUCUGGGACUCCACCUCCCUGGUCACGCUGCAGCAGAUUGGCCUCGGGACCUUCCAGAGGGGGGUGGGAUCAGUUGCCUUUUCUUUUGCUGACUCGGGAGCGUUCCUGUGUGUGAUCGAUGAUUCUAAUGAACACAUGCUGUCAGUGUGGGACUGCAACAAGGGGACCAAGCAUGCGGAGAUCAAGAGUACCAACGAGGCAGUGUUUGCUGUGGAGUUUAAUCCAAGCGACAGCACCAACAUCAUCACCUGUGGUAAAUCCCACGUUUACUUCUGGACACUGAGUGCAGGACAGUUCACCAAGAAACAAGGCAUCUUUGGAAAAUAUAAGAAACCCAAGUUCAUCCAGUGCUUUGUGUUCAGUCUGACUGGAGAUGUUCUGACCGGAGAUUCUGAAGGAAACAUUCUGACGUGGGGAAAAUCGGCUGCAGAUAUCAAAACUCUGGGUAAAGGAGCCAAAGAGACCUUCCAGAUAAUGCGUCAAACCAGAGCCCAUGAAGGCAGUGUGUUCACCCUGUGCACCCUGCAGGGCGGCGCUCUGCUCAGUGGUGGAGGGAAAGACCGCAAGAUCAUCCGCUGGAGCGCUGACCUGGCACCUGAGAGAGAGUGUGAGAUUCCAGAAAAAUUUGGGGCAGUCCGCACCAUUGCUGAUGUGGAUGGGGAGGAACUAUUAGUUGGUACAACCCGUAAUGCAGUCCUCCGAGGCACCUUCUCAGACGGAUUUGUGGCCAUAGUGCAGGGUCAUGUAGAUGAGAUGUGGGGGCUGGCAACACACCCCUCUCAGAACAUUUUCCUCACCUGUGGUCAUGACAGGCAGGUGUGUUUGUGGAACACAGAGGAACAUAAGCUGGACUGGUGCAUCAGCCUGGAGGAGUAUGGAUUGUGUGCUGAUUUCUGCCCUAAUGGAUCAGUGGUUUCAGUUGGCCUCAGCACAGGAAGGUGGAUGGUCCUUGACCUGCUGACCAGAGAGGUGGUCUCUGAGUCCACUGAUGGGAAUGAGCAGCUGUCUGUCAUGAGAUACUCACCAGAUGGCAGCUUUUUAGCUGUUGGAUCUCAUGACAACUUUAUCUACAUCUACAAUGUGACAGAGAGUGGCCGGCGCUACACUCGCUUUGGGAAAUGUAAUGGCCACUCCAGCUUCAUAACACACCUGGACUGGUCCAAAGAUGGGAAGUACAUUAUGUCUAAUUCUGGCGACUAUGAGAUCCUUUACUGGGACAUUGCAGCAGGGUGCAAACUGCUGAGGAAUCGCUUUGAGAGCAAAGACAGAGAGUGGGCCUCCUAUACUUGUGUGCUGGGCUUCCAUGUGAUGGGUGUGUGGUUAGAGGGUUCAGACGGCACAGACAUCAACGCUCUAUGUCGCUCUCACAGUGAGAGGGUGGUGGCUGUGGCUGAUGACUUCUGCAAAGUCCACCUCUUCCAGUACCCCUGUCCUAAACCAAAGGCGCCAAGCCACAAGUACGAGGGCCAUGGCAGCCACGUCACCAACGUCUGCUUCACCCACAGUGACUCCCACCUGCUCUCCAUGGGCGGGAAGGACAUGUGCAUCCUUCAGUGGAAGGUGAUUGGGGGAGGUGGGAUGGUCGACAGCAGGGAGAGACUGGCCUCAGGCUCGUCCACCUCCACCAGCUCUCCAGAGCCUGCCACCAGCUAGGAAGGACUUGUGUUAUUAAGAGCGACAGAGGGGGAAUUGUUUACACAGAGAGGCGUGAUGGUCAGUGGACAGCAGCCACAGCUAUGAGCUCAGUACAGCCUCUGUGGUGCUGCUGCUGUCAGUUUCAUACAGAACAUGUAGAGGAAUCCUCUUCAGGAGGAACACCUAUAUUAAUUUUACACUUACACACCUCCAUAAUCAUGUAAAUCCUUGUGAAACUGGACAGUGCGAUACUUUCCAUAGCACAGAUUAUUUGUCAUUCUGUUGGAUAUGUGGUGAGAAUCUUCAGAAGUGGCCAUGUAUGUACGCUGGUACAGAACAUGACUUGACUUCUGUGGUAACAAAGACUUUGGUUUUACUGAACAUUCCUGUGUUUAUACCAGAGUUCUGCACUUGGCAUAUCGUCGUGCCUACAAAGAUGUUUGCAUAAUGUUUUUACAUGACUUUAGUAUCCUAAACAGUGUUUGGUUGACAUCUCAGCUAAUAUUGAAGCUGUUUUUAUGCUUGCAUUAGAUAGACUGUGACAAACCUGUUAUAAUGAAAUCAACUCUCAGCUUUUCUGACUAAUUAAUUUCUCUAACAGUUGAUAAGUACACUUGAACGUGAUUACUUUAGUACAGUUUUAUAUAUAUUUAAAUAACAUUGGGAAUACUGUGAUGUUGUAUCUGUCAAGCUCCCAAUAAAUUACUUAAGACUGGAAA